AUGGACGACUGGGAGAUCGUAGCCCCGAUGGGUGACAGUCGCAGUGGCCGAUUGUCUGAAAGCCACGAAGAACACAAGAAUGAAGACGACACCACUGGCAUCUUCGCCUCCCUCCUCAUCCCAGGCCGGGGCGACCCUAUGAAAGACCAAGCAAUCCUCUGCUCUCGAAAGACGGGCAAGAUCAUCUACGUCGGCCUCUCUUCUCGCAUCCCGCCAAAGUACUACAAUGUUCACCUCGAGAAGAUCCCGGUGGUAAUGCCCGGCAUGUGGGAGUGCCAUGCCCACUUCAUGGGAGCCUCUCCAAACAAGCCCAUUGACUUCGUGAACUUGGCCCUUACCAGUCCUCCAGAGGCAGGCGCACGUAAUGCAAGGGUGAUCAAGGACACGCUCUAUGCGGGCUUCACUUCGGCUGUUGAGCUGGGUGGUUAUGCUACGGAGCUGCAGCGUGUGAUUGAGGAAGGCUCGAUCCUUGGCCCAACGUUAUAUGGGUCUGGCGGCGCGAUUAGCAUGACUGCUGGGCAUGGUGAUAUCUUUGAACUACCAUACGGUUGCAGCCGUCAAAAGCUCAGCGUUAACGCCCCUGGUACUGACGGUGGCGCUGCUGUCGUGGUGCAAGCUGAUGGCGUGGACGAAUGCCGCAAAGCAGUGCGACUGAACCUCCGCCGUGGUGCGAAGUGCAUCAAAGUGCUCACUUCUGGCGGCGUUACUUCUCGCGACGACAGGCCCGAAUACCAGCAACUCUCCGACGAAGAGCUUAAAGUCAUCGUGGAGGAAGCAGGUCGCAUGGGCAUGAUCUGUGCAGCGCAUGCAGAGGGAAAGGCAGGCAUAAUGGCCGCCAUCCGUGCCGGCUUCAAAGUCAUCGAGCACGGCUCGUACGCUGAUGAUGAGGUGUACAAGGAGAUGAAGAAGAACGAUGUCAUGCUGGUCGCUACGAUUACUCCGCUCGAAAGCAUCCUGGACAACAAAGACAAGUACCCACCAGCCAUGUAUCGCAAAACUGCCGAGCUGGCGAAGAUACACAUGGCCGCCUACCGCAAUGCAGUCAAGGCCGGCAUAAGGUGCGCACUUGGCUCAGAUCUAUUUGGCGGACCUGGCAGCGUUCUCUCACCUGGCAUGAACGGCAAUGAAGUGCAUCUUGCUGUCAAGACUGGUGGCAUGACGCCGCUUCAAGCCAUCGAGGCAGCAACGGCGAACGGGCCGUUAACACUGGGUCCGCAGGCCCCUCAGAGCGGACAGAUCAAGGAAGGGUAUGAUGCGGACCUGCUUGGCUUGGACAAGAACCCGCUCGACGAUAUCGAGAUGAUGAGGAAGCCAAAGAACGUGAAGUACAUCUGGAAACAGGGCAAGCUGGUGAAGGCACCUGGGCUCGAUCCGUGGGAUGCAUUAGAUAUAUAG